UGUUGGGGUCUCUCCUCUGCGCAGGAAGGAUGCUGUCCCUGUCCCGAGCAGUGGUGUGUGGCGUGGCCCGCGCUCCAGCUGCUGUCAGUCAGGGUGGAGUGACUGCUAUCACCCGAUUUAACAGCACACAGAGUGCUCCUAAGAAAACAACAUUUGGGCCUCUGGCAGACGAGGACAGAAUUUUCACAAACCUUUAUGGCCGUCAUGAGUGGAGGCUGAAGGGGGCGUUGAAGCGCGGCGACUGGUACAAAACUAAGGAGAUCCUUUUGAAGGGAGUCGACUGGAUCCUCAAUGAGAUCAAGGUGUCUGGCCUGCGUGGUCGGGGCGGCGCUGGUUUCCCUACAGGCAUGAAGUGGAGCUUCAUGAACAAGCCCAGCGAUGGCAG